UGACCUGCCGGCAUCGCAGCGCGGGCACAUCAUCUGCCGGCAAGCAGUAAAUCCUCCCUUCUUCCUUCCCAGCUGCGCCGCAAAACGCGAGGAAAACAUGAAAUGAAAAUAUAGUAUUAAAAAAAAAGAAAAAAAGAAAAAAAAUUAUUUUGAGCAGCAGGGCCGGAGGACGGCGCGGGGAGGCCAGGUGCGCAGGGCUGCCUGCGCCCGGGGGCCGUGCGUGAGGAGCGGGGCCGGCGCUGCCGCCAUGGAACACAUCCGGAUGCCCAAGGUGGAAAAUGUUAGAUUACUUGAUCGUUUAUCUUCAAGAAGAGCUGUGGUGGGAACCUUGUAUUUAACAGCUACUCAUGUCAUAUUUGUGGAGAAUGGUUCUGAAACUCGCAAAGAAACCUGGGUUCUCCACAGCCAAAUUUCCUCUAUUGAGAAGCAAGCCACCACUGCCACUGGCUGCCCAUUACUGAUCCGCUGCAAGAACUUCCAGGUCAUCCAUCUGGUGAUCCCUCAGGAGCGAGACUGCCAUGACGUUUACAUAUCUCUGAUACGUCUGGCUCGACCAGUGAAAUAUGAAGAGCUGUAUUGCUUCUCCUUCAAUCCAAAAUUAGAUAAAGAAGAACGAGAGCAAGGGUGGAAGCUUGUGGACCUCAAUGAAGAAUAUAAUCGGAUGGGUGUUCCAAACAGCUACUGGCAGAUUAGUGAUGUAAACAGAGACUAUGGAGUCUGUGACUCCUAUCCUACAGAAGUCUAUGUACCAAAGUCUGCAACUGCACAUAUCAUAGUGGGGAGUUCCAAAUUUCGCAGCCGAAGGCGUUUCCCAGCUCUUUCCUACUACUGCAAGGGCAACAAUGCCUCCAUAUGUAGAAGCAGCCAGCCUUUAUCUGGCUUUAGUGCUCGGUGCCUUGAGGAUGAACAGAUGCUCCAGGCCAUCAGAAAAGCCAAUCCAGGAAGUGAUUUCAUAUAUGUUGUUGACACUCGGCCCAAACUCAAUGCAAUGGCAAACAGAGCAGCAGGGAAGGGAUAUGAAAAUGAAGACAACUACUCCAACAUCAAGUUUCAGUUCAUAGGCAUUGAGAACAUCCAUGUUAUGAGAAAUAGUCUGCAGAAGAUGCUUGAAGUUUGUGAGCUGAAAUCACCUUCAAUGAGUGACUUUCUGUGGGGCCUAGAAAAUUCUGGCUGGCUGAAGCACAUCAAAGCCAUUAUGGAUGCUGGCAUUUUUAUUGCAAAGGCUGUGGCUGAGGAAGGUGUGAGUGUGCUUGUUCACUGCUCUGAUGGCUGGGAUAGGACAGCCCAGGUUUGCUCUGUAGCAAGCCUUCUAUUGGAUCCAUAUUACAGAACUAUGAAGGGAUUCAUGGUGUUAAUUGAAAAAGACUGGAUUUCCUUUGGCCACAAAUUUAACCACAGGUAUGGCAACUUAGAUGGAGAUCCAAAAGAGAUAUCACCUGUUAUUGACCAGUUCAUCGAAUGUGUUUGGCAGUUAAUGGAACAGUUUCCUUGUGCCUUUGAAUUCAAUGAAAGAUUCCUCAUCCACAUACAGCAUCACAUCUAUUCUUGCCAGUUUGGGAAUUUCCUGUGUAACAGCCAGAAGGAGAGAAGAGAGCUGAAAAUCAAAGAACGAACUUAUUCAUUGUGGGCUCACUUGUGGAAAAAUCGUGCUGAUUACCUGAAUCCUUUGUACAGGUCAGACCACAGUCAAACCCAAGGGACCCUGCACCCACAGAUAGCUCCAUGCAACUUCUUGUACAAGUUCUGGAGUGGUAUGUACAACCGCUUUGAAAAGGGGCUGCAUCCUCGACAGUCAGUUACUGAUUAUCUAAUGGCAGUGAAGGAAGAAACUCAGCAGCUGGAAGAAGAGCUGGAAGUCUUGCAAGAGAGAUUGGCAAAUCUUCAGAAAUCACAAUCAGGUAAUAAUAAAGUGAAGAGUAAGCAACAAGAUCGAAGCAAACAGUUUGGACUGUAUACUUCCAACAACAGCUUAGCUAAUACUCCCCAGGAGUAUAGCAAUGAUCUGAAAUCAUUCCCAUCCCGGAGCCCUUCUCAAGGGGAUGAAGAUUCUGCCCUGAUUUUGACACAGGACAACUUGAAAAGCUCUGAUCCUGAUCUCUCAGCCAACAGUGACCAGGAGUCUGGCGUGGAGGACUUAAGCUGUAGGUCCCCAAGUGGGGGUGGCUGCUUGCCUAGUGAAGACAGUGGCAAGGACUCUGACGAAGCUGUAUUUCUGGCAGGCUGAAAUACCUGCAUGGCAGCAAGGAUCCAGAUGAUGUAAAAUCUUACACGGUCUGGAAUGACAUCUUUUAAUCAGGUGAAGAACGGAAGUGGUCUGUGGCCUACAGAAAUAAUCCAAAGAAAGGGAACUGUGCAAUUGUGUAAGUAAUAUCCAAGCAGAACAGGUUACUAUUUAUUUUAAGACAUUACACUAAAGAAAGGUAAUAUCUGCUGUUAUAGUUCAUUAAGCCAAUAUGGUGGUUGUUUUAUCAAUGCUGUAAAUAAUUAUUCCUUACUUUGUACAUUUCCAUAGUUAUUUAUUGGACAGCAUAAUAGUUCUUUUCCUAAGAUGUGAAAUUCCAAAGUACUGUCUUACACAAGGCUGAAAAUGCGUUACUGUUAGCCUCACUGGUGAAUCAGUCAAAAGUUAUUUUUGUAGAGUUCAUUUGCCUUCAGACAUAUUAUGUAUAUUCUUCACUUUUUUCUUCCCAAGAGGAUAGAACAAUUAUUUUUCAUAUUCUCCUACUAAUAUCCUUUACAGCAAAGUAAAAUAAAUGGACUCCCUGGCUCAGGGGACAAGGAUUUUUUUGAUCCUGAAAAAAACAAAUCCAUUACUAAGCAGUUGCUGCUGCUGCAUCUGAAUGCAUCCCAUUUGUACUCAAUUCUCAUCCAGUGUUGAAAGUUCAGUAUAUUCUGUGACCAAAACUUCAAGGAAUGUAACAAGCUCACACAGCCUUUGUGCUAAAACCCCCCUUUGUAACAAAAGGCACACGAGGCAGUUUACUCUUGCCUCUUUAUGUUUUGUUAUCAAGUUUGUUUAUAUCUUACCCUUGUUCCAAACCACCUACAUAAGACAUAAAGGUAAAAAUUUGAAGGUGAUAAAAUCCCUGAUUCUUCAGCCUAUUUUCCUACUUGAAAAUGUUUUAUUUGAGUGGGAGCAAGGUACAUACACAGUAGAGAGAAUAGGGCAUAUUGAAUCACUUACAGAAAUUACUUACAAAAAUAUCACUCUGAAUUAGUAAGUAAAUGAAAGCUAUGCCCACAAAGGAACCAUUACAGAGAAUAUUUCUUCCAUAUUUUGUUAUUAAAAAUAAACUAACCAUAACCAACUGGUGUUUUUUAUCCUCACACAAAACUUCCCUUUUAGUAUUUGUCAACCUGAACAGAGCAUGGCAAUACUAAUUUAAGAAAAGGACUGAUUCACUAUUCAUCAGAAAGUUUAAUCUCAUUUACGAAUUCAGAUAUUUUUAAGAAUAGGAGUAAGAAUAGUUUUCAUAAUCAGCAGUUCAGAAGUAAACAACUGGAAAAUGUUCAAAAUUUGGAAUGUCUUGAAACUCACUAAAAAGGUGGCCAGCCAUAUUAGGCUGUAACUCUUUCAAGUUUGGGUUUUUUUAGAAUUUUAUUUAAAGCCAGCAGUAAAAAUGUAAUUCAUAUGGCUGCUUUUACGUGCUUGAAGACAGUGCAAAAUUGAACUCUAGUAGAGCAAAGUGGUAGUAAUGUAAGUUUACUUAGAUUGCAUUUCACACUACUCCUUCAAGUACAGACCUUCAGAAAGAACUAUAUUAUAUAAAUAUACCUCAAUUUAGAACCAUUAGAUUUUAUUAUUCAGUCUGCUUUUCUGGAAUGGCUUUUCAUUUUGUUCUGUGAACAUGUUAUUAAAAGUGAAUAGGUAAACUUCAGUAUUAUUACUAUUCUCUGAAGGGAGCUGCUGUCUUUGAACAAAUAAUUCUUAACAGCAAAGUUUAUCUUAAUGUUAUAUUGGAAAGGCCAGAUUCUCAAUUUGAUAAAUCGCUGUAGUUCAUUCAAAUAAAAACAACAAUAAAUUAUAUUCUGUUGAGAAUCUAGCCUUCUGGUUUUUAAUCUUUAUGAAUUUUUAAUAAAUUAAAGCCCUGAUUUUAACUGCACUUUUAAAAGUGUUUUGUAUUUUGAACAUAGCCUGUAAACUUUAUGGUAUUACAGGAAACUUUGACUGGGUUUUCUCAAACUAAAGAAACAUGCUGCAAAGUCACAAUGAAAACAAAACACACAAAUAUUCUGCUAAAAAAUCAGUCUGAAAAUGGGCAAUGUUAUUGUACAUAUUUAAAAUGUAAAAUUGUAUAUGAUGACAUUGUGUUCGACUAGACAUGUAUAGAAAUAAAUGCAGAAGAGCAAGAUAUGCAGAUUCAAAGCACUGUCUUUGUGUUGCUUAUGCAACUCCUUGUAACUAACGUUACAACUAAAAUGUUAACAUAUUAACAUUUUCUUUACUGAGCCUUCACUUAGCAGCCCUCAGUGAUGUGUCUUUUAGUCCUUGGAGUUUUGCAUUAACUAUUGCUUACAUUGUACUGUAUGUAUUUGUGGCAUUAUCAGGCUAAUGAGAAAUACCUUCAAAUAAACAUUUAGGUGUUAUGAA